AUGCCAUCCCCAACUCCUAUUCUCUUCCUAGAUGGGGGCCUCGGGACGUCGCUCGAGGACAAAUACGGUGUCAAGUUUUCCAGCAAAACCACCCCACUGUGGUCCUCGCAUCCCAUCGUGAGCGACCCGGAGACGCUCCUCGCCUGCCAGAGGGACUUCGGCCAAGUUCCAGUUGAUGUGAUCGAGACGGCCACCUACCAAGUGUCCCUCGCUGGCUUUGCGGCCACCAAGACGGAAACAUGGCCGAACGGCAUCGGCGCAUCUCAUGUGCCUGGCUUCCUCAAGCAGGCAGUCGACAUCGCCGACCAGGCCAGGGGCAAGCCGGAUGCGAGGCUCGCUCUGAGCCUAGGGCCCUACGGCUCCACUAUGGUCCCAGGUCAGGAAUAUAGCGGGGCGUACGACGAUGAGCACAAUGACGAGCCACGGCUGGCAGAAUGGUGGGCCCAUCGGCUAUCGCUCUUCAGCGACCCUCAGCUUCUCGAUCGGAUUGCAUACAUUGCAUGUGAGACUAUCCCCAGACUCGACGAGAUCGCCGCCGUUCGGAAAGCCGUUGCUGGCUUUGCUUCGAAGCCACUCUGGAUAGCCUGCGUCUUCCCCGGCGAGGGGGACGGGUUCCCCGAUGGCAGCAGUGUCGAACAGGUCGUGGAGGCCAUGCUGUCUCAUGACGACAACAAAGCUCAGCCUUGGGGCAUAGGCAUCAACUGCACCAAGAUGCACAAGCUCGAGGGUCUGAUCGGAAAAUACGAGGCUGCUGUCUCCAAAAUGAUCCAAGGAGGAAGGAUAACCGCCUGGCCGGCACUGGUUCUGUACCCAGACGGAACUAACGGUGAGGUGUACAAUACUACGACGCAGAAGUGGGAGGCCCCGGCUGGCCAAGUUGAAUCGACAAUUCCAUGGGAACAGCAUCUCGGAGACAUUGUGGUCGACACGGCAAGGCGUCAGAGAUGGCACAGCAUCCUAGUAGGAGGGUGUUGCAAGGCCAGCCACAGCGAUGUUGCAAAACUCGUCAAAUAUGUUGACUCCGCCAACGCAUCGUGA